UACAGUACUUAGGUUUGCAGUGAGUCGGGUGCUCGUCGCAGAGCAGGACUUGCACGUGCGAGGGUCCCCUUCACGGUGGAUUCGUCUGAUCUUGGUCGAGAUGGGAGCCUGUACCUAGUUAUACCUGCACUACUGCUGCAUAGACAGGAAACAAGUACACUACUGCUGCAUGAUGGGCGGGAUUGUGCAGGAGGGAGAGGGAGAGGUGCAGGUGCAGGACGACGGGUGGACGGGUUGCUUGCUGCAGGUCUACCUUACCUACCCUCUAGUCCUGUUUCUGGCCGGGAUUGUUGUUGUUGUUGCUGCUGUUAUUGUAGGCGAUCAUCUCGUCAUUCGGAGGAUUAUGAUGAUGAUGGUGAACAUGGCACUCACUCACUCACUCACUCACUCACUCACUCACUCACCCACCCACUCCUCCUCUUCUCCUCUUCCCCAGCCACAGCGGCAGUCGAGCAGGCGUCAUCAAAACAAACAAACAACAACAAUGACACCAAAGAGACGAGAUCAUGUCCAGUAGCA